AUACUGCGCAGUCAAUCGGUACCCGCUCGAAAACUGGGGUACGCAUGUAGGGUCCCGCAUCCAAAGUCAACAUCGAUCUCUCGUCGCGCGCCCAACAUUACGCGUCGUAUACCCGUCGCCCGAGUAUCCUGCCAUCAUCCUAAUUAAGCACGCCUGAUCUUGGCCGAUGCCAGCCACCAUUCGGCUAGACCACCGGGGGCCCAUCACUUAUUCGUCGGCCCUCAGGAAGAACGCGGACGUCAUCAAACAGGCAACGCAUUUGGCAGCUGCGGAGGAGUUCUGCCAGGUGCUCUGGGACAGCAGGGGAACGAUCGAGUCUCUUGUCAGGCACCAUCUGUGGCUUGGCGAUAGGGAUUCUUGCACUGUUGCACCAUGCGACCGAUGGAUCCGAGGCGGCUUCAACGUCUGUGUGCCGGUCGAGACGCGGGCGGGAGGCGCCCACGGCGUUCCCAGGAGGUUCAUCUUUCGCUGCCCCAUGCCACACAAGCUCGCAGAAGCCAGGUACCCAGGCACAGUGGAUGAGAAGCUGAGCUGCGAGGUAGGGACGUACGCGUGGAUGCAGGACUGGUGCCCCGACGUCCGCAUACCGCACCUGUACGGCUUCGGCUUCUCUGACCAUCGCCAUUUCACACAUGAGCGACAAAUGCCGUUUUACGUUCGCUUCUGGCGCGCAAUCCGACGCCACCUCCGCGGCCUCCUCGGGUACCAGACUCUCUCACGCUACGCCGCCCACCCCACCAGCCUGCAUCUUCCCGCUGCAUAUAUGCUGCUCGAGUACGUUGGCCCAGAUACGGGGCGUAUGCUUUCUGAUACAUGGAGUGAGCGCCGGGGCGACCAGACCAAGCGGCGAACGCUGUUCCGAGGCUUGGCCCGCGUGAUCCUCUCCCUGGCCCGCGUCCCGCAGCCUCGGAUAGGUUCGUUUCGGUUCAACGCCGACGGCACGGUGACGCUGACGAACCGGCCGCUGCCCUGCUGCGUCGCCAUCCUGGAGAAUGGCGGCGCGCCGAGGACGAUGCCGAGUGACGAAACGUAUAGCUGUCCUGAGCCGUUCGUCGCAGAUAUGCUCGCGCUCCACGACGGGAGCUUCCUCGCCCACCGGAAUGCCGUCUUAGACGCCGCCGACUGCCGUGGCCAGAUGGCCGCCAUGGCGCUGCUUAGGACAGUCUCGCAUUUCUACGUCUCCCGGGAGCGCCGUGCCGGGCCCUUCCAUCUCCAGCUCACCGACCUCCACGCAAGCAACAUCUUGGUCGACGACGACUGGAACAUCACCUGCCUAAUUGAUCUGGAGUGGAUCUGCUCCCUACCCGCGGAGAUGCUCGCCGUGCCUUACUGGCUCACGGGACGCUACAUCGACGAGCUCGUCGGGGAUGAUCUCUCCCAGUUUGACCAGGUCCGUCGGGAGUUCAUGGACAUACUCGAGAAGGAGGAGGGUACGAUGACCGGAGGUGAUAAGCCAACACUGGCGCGUAUUAUGCGUGAGAGUUGGGAGUCUGGGGCGGUAUGGUUCUGGCGUUGUCUUACAUGCGUGGAUGCUAUCUUCUACCUUGUACAGGAUCACAUUUCUCCUAGGUACUGUCGCUUUUCUCGCAAGGUGGAGGAAGUUCUCUCUGAGUAUUGGUGCCAGGAGUCCGCCGCCGUCGUCAGGAGCAAGGUCGCCGACAACGAAAAGUAUGAGAAAGAACUGGGCUCCCUGUUCAAAUAGGUGACGCCUUCCGGCCUCCGUCGCCGGUGCCGUUUAUAGUCGUUACAGAAGCGGCGACCGCCCGGGGAACGAGAACGGGAUCUCGUCCGGCAAAACUUCGGGCGAGCGAUACGCCGUGCCUGCCGAGUC